AUGUUGGCACGCUUGAAAAGGUUCUCCCAGUGGCAUAGAGCUAAACGAGCAGUAGCAGCCUACCUCAAGCUGAAAUUCCGUCUGAAAGCCCACUCGGUGAAGAAGGCACAGAGGAUUGAUCCAAUUAAAACACUACGAGAGAAUGCGAUCCCUCUCUUCGAACCAGCCACAGUUCAGCAGCUCUGUCAGUCAGAAGUUGAGACCAUUCGACUCCUUCAGAGACAUGCCUUUGCAAGUGAAAUAAAGAUUCUGGCUUCACUUGAUGUCUGCAGCAACUCUGUUGAUCAACAAACCAGAGUACGGAACAAGACUAUGAGAAAGACGAGCUGCCUGUAUAGACUGGACCCUUUCAUCGAUGCAGAUGGUGUAAUGCGUGUUGGUGGACGAAUCAGGAGAGCCGACCUUCCUCCCAACUUCAAACACCCUGCAAUACUCCCUAGAAACCAUCAUAUCACUGAACUGAUAAUCCGACACUUCCACGAAGUAGCCGGUCAUCAGGGACGAAGUAUGACUACCAAUCAGAUCCGAGCAAGCGGCUAUUGGAUUAUUGGCUGCAGCUCUGCCGUCUCGCACUUCAUCUCCAAAUGCGUCAAGUGUAGGAAGCUAUACAAACCGGUUGAAGAACAGAAGAUGGCAAACCUACCAGUAGACAGACUUGAACCUGCGCCACCCUUUACAUAUUGUGGAGUUGAUCUGUUCGGGCCAUGGUAUGUAAGGGAAGGCCGGAAAGAACUCAAGAGAUAUGGUGUCCUCUUCACCUGUAUGGUGUCCCGAGCUAUCCACAUUGAGACUACGACUGCGCUCAGUACUGAUGCCUUUAUCAGUGCAUUGCGUAGAUUCAUCGCCAUUCGAGGACCAAUAAGACAACUGAGAUGCGACCAAGGUACCAAUUUUGUUGGGACACAAUCAGAGUUUGAAGAAGCCCUUAAAGGAAAUGGAUACUGGUCAAGUUGA